CUCCCGCUCAGCAAACCCAAGAGAAGGCAGCGUUGACAGCAGCCGCGAGUCCGCGACGCCAGGAGGAGCAAGCCUUCGCCGGCGAGAUCGAUGGACCUCCUCGAGCACCCGCUCGAGGCCGUCGCUUUCCGCCUCUACUCGCUCCCGGAGGCCUCAGCGGCCACCGGCGCCGCCGCAUGGACCUGCCUCGCCGCGGUCCUCGCAGCCGCCGCGGCCGCGGGCCUCUGGCGCCUCCGCGCCUCCGCUGUCGCCGCCGCCGCCACGAAGCCUCUGGGGCUGGAUCCGUGCCUCAAACCGGAGGCACCUACGGCGCCGCUCGCCGCGUCAGAGCGGCGGUCGGAGCCGGCCGAGGCGCCGACGACGGCGCCCUCGCCCAAGGAGCGGUACACGGCGUACUACUGCGACGCGUGCCGCAUCGGGUGCUGCGACUUAGACCGCUACGACGACAACGACGACGACGACGACCGGGAAGAUGACGCGGAGGAGCACGACGACGGCGACGGCGCGUACCGGACCCCAUUAUCGGUGACGACGACGGACCCUUUCGUGUGGGAGGCGGAGGUGUUGCGAUCGCUGCCCCUCAGCCCGGCGGCGGCGGAGGUGGGGCUGGGGCCGGGGCGGUACCGCAGCCCGCCGGCGCUCAGCGGCGGCAGCGUGGUGCAGCUGUGGGACCAGGUCGCGGGGGCCGGGCUGACGCCGACGGCGAGCCCGCGCCGGAGGGGCCUGGCCGUCGCCACCGCCCCGGGCUUCUGAACUCCUGCAGAUUAGCAAUAAAUUCGCCAUUUUUGGUAAGAGGGAAGAAACCAAACAAGAUCCUGCAGCUGUUCUACCAACAUGUAAAUACGAGCCGCAUUCGCCUUAAAAUGCAUGAGUUUUUUUUAAAAGAAAAAGUUCAUGAGUUCCGGAUUAUAUUGGACUCAUCUCUCUGGCAGCUUAAGAUCAAGAAAUGGCAUCACAUAGUGCUCA